AUGGAUGUGUUGAGUGAAGAGAUUAGGAAUGAAGAGCUGUGUGAGUUCUUGUAUGCUGAUCAUCUGGUGAUUACUGCUGAAAAUGAGGAGGACCUACAGAGAAGAGUUGGAGAGUGUCAGGAGUCUUUGGAGAGGGGUUGUUUAAAAGAAACACGGGCCCUAAGAAGAAAAGAGGAAGUAAAGCUUGAGAGGACAGAGAUAAGAAUGCUGAGGUGGAUUAUGGGAAUAUCGCUGCUUGAGAGAUUGGAGGAUGAUGAAAUAAGAAGAAAGGCAAGCUUAGUGAAGAUUACAGAGGUGAUAAGAGAGUCAAGAUUGAGCUGGUAUGGGCAUGUGUUGAGGAUGGAUGACGAGGAGAAAGUGAAGAGCGCUUGGGAGGAACCUAUUAGAGAAAGAAGAUCGAGAUGGAGACAGAGAAUUAGAUGCCGAAGCUGUACACACAACACAGACGAAGCUGCCCUUCAGGAGAGCACAGAAGAAGCUGCACACAACGCAGACGAAACUGCCCUUCAGGAGAACACAGACGAAGCUGCAACUCUGAAGCCGUGGUCCUCAACAUAA